AUCGUAGUUGAGCUUGAAAACGUAGGAUGUCACAAGAAGAAAACGACUGUGAAAUUCCAAAGAGGAAUGACUCAACUUAGCGCACCAUCUGGAAGUGGGAAAACGACAGUUCUAUUGGGUGUUUUGUUUGCGUUAACGGGAGGAAGAGUCAUACCUACAGAUAAGAAAAAAAGCAUAGUGCGCCUUUUUUUAGGUCCUGAUGUUUGUAUUAUUCGUACGAAACGUCCAGAUACCCUUGAAUUGCGCUACUAUGAAGCUUGUUUCAAAGACGAGGAAGCUGAAGGUAUCCUUCGUCACUGGCUUUCUGAAGACUGGAGCACUGUGUCUUUUGUUUUUCAGCAUCAGCUGUGUGCCUUUUUCAAUUUCACGGGAGAGCAGAAACUGAGCUUCGUCGAAAGAGCUCUUUUUGAUGGAAAAGAAGCUUCGAUGCUGCGUGACCAAGUUCGAAAGAAGAUUCUUGAAUUGGCCAACACGGAAGAAGCGAAUUGGAAGAUGCUUUCUUCGUUGACCGAUGAAGAAUUGAAGAUUCUUCCCUUUGUGAAAGACUAUGAUUCCAUGAAUCGAGAACUGGAUUCCUUAAUAGCAGAAGAAGCUUCUUUAAUGAAUUUGUGGAAGGAAUGCAGUGAGCGCUCUUCUCUUUGUACCUUAUGGAAUCAAUGUAAAGAAGACAUUGAUAAAUAUUCCACAGAGCUUCGAAAGGAAGAGGAAAGCAUUCGAUCCAUUCGAGAGCUAGUUGAAAAGCGAAAAUUCCGAGAUCGUUUGGGUCAUGCCAAUUCUCUCCUGCUUGAAGAAGCGAGCGAUGAAGGAUGGCAGAAUUUAGUUCUUCAUUGGAAAGAGUUUAAACAAGUAGAAGAAUUCAGAAAAAAAUACGGCUACGUGCCCAGUGCUCAUAAGCUUGAGGAAUUGGACGAAUUGCUCUAUUUAGACAAUUGCUGCAAAGCUAAUUGUCCUCGUUGUGAGCAGCCCUUGUUAGUUUUCGUUAAUUGGAGAGACCGGAAAUUGGACAAAGUUGAAGUGGAUUUGGAUGAGCGGAAGAAUGUAGCUCCAGCAAAAAAAAAGGAAGAAAGGCAGCAAAUGGAGCUUUUGUUGAACCAUCGUUCCACGAAGCCGCAGUGGACUGUGGAAGAAUACGAGAAAGCUCUUCAGAUAAGAAAACUGGGAGAACUUGCAACUGAGGAACAAGUGGAAAAGUUCGAAAAUCAUGAAAAGAAAAGGUCCUUGAUGAAUGCUUUAAUAAAGCAGGAAGAAGAAUUGCGUGAAAAGUUGAACUUCAUGAAUCAGAACCUUCCGGAAAUGGAAGCGAUUGAGAAGCGUAUUCAGGCUGUUCGAGAACAAAUGGAUCACUUGAGAAAUAUUUCUCGAAUUUCUUCUUUUCGACCGUUCUAUUAUAGUUGGAUGGAUACGACUCGAGUCAAAGUAUUGUGGCUAGAAAUUAAGGAAGUAUUUGAAACUGUUCGUGAACAUUUUGUGAAUUCUCGUUUGGAUUUUCUAAAUGCCGAACUGAACUCAUUGCUUUCUCUUUUAUUUUCUGGAGGAAUGACCGGUCAUUUUGUCUACGCAAAGAACUUUUCUCUUGAGUUGGAAUGGAAAGGAAUGACUUUUUCGAAUGGAAAAGGAUUGAGCGGUGGAGAAAUGGAGAGAGUCUCGUUAGCUGUGAUGCUUGCCUUCCAUGCAGCAUUGAGACCAUCUUUGCACUUUCUGCUUUUUGACGAAUCCUUUUCUUCAUUGGAUGGCGAUAGUCUUCGAACUACGGUGGAAGUUCUUCGUUCUUGCUUUGCUUCUCACAUAGUGUGGUCAACUCAUCAUCCGGAUUGUCUCAGCGAUGAGAUUUUGAAGAUUUAGAUUUCUUCGAGGAAUGGUUGGAU